AUGUACAUGCACGAGAAGACCAAGCCACUUCCGUCGGCAGAUGAAGUCCUCCUUUGUGAUUCAAAAACUACCGGGGAAGAGGUUGAAAUAUUUUGGCGUCGUGCAUUAUUUGGGGACGGCAACAAGAUUUACAGUUUAGUGAACGCUGAUGUCCUACCAUAUGAUGUUAGUUCAGAUGCAGACCAAAGUUUGCAAGAUUUAAUCUCGGGGACAAAUACACGGGCAGGAAAACAGUACCGCCUUGCCAUCAUAUGUGGUUCAGACAAUGAAUAUCGGUGUCCGUUUGUAUCUUCCUUGGACAAAUAUGUUCGACCCACACCGACAAUUCAGCAAGAAGCUGUACAGGCAUAUAUUGAGGCAAAACUUGUAGUUCAAAAUCAUCUUGCAGCAUCGAUUGUGGACUUUAAAAGAUGUUCAGUUCGAGUUGUCAAAUCAAAUCGUGCGGGUGUUGGAAAAUCAUUAUAUAUCAAACGAAAAGCCGAGGGUUUGAAAACAAAACUUGCUGCAUUCGUUAAUGUGCAAACAGAACAUGUGUCUAUCCCUUUGCAAGAAAAGUUUAUCAACACCCACGAAGUAACACACGCAUUACUGAAGUAUACAUCAAGGCCUGAGCUACAGACGGCGCGAUUGUUUCAUAUUGACAUUUCUCAUGAGGUCCAGGAGGGCAUUGACAUUUUCUUGUUUAACCUCCUCAUCCUCGGUUGUUUGGUGGAUAACAACGGACAUGUAUGGAGAAGAAGCCGAAACGACCUUUACAUGAUCGAAGCCAUGCCAAUCAUGAAAAACAACAUGUCUUCAGGACGGGCAAUGGUAUUACAGUUCGAACAUCCAAUAUUUGCAAUCUUACCUGCAAUUACAUGCACAUCGCCACAACAGAGUUUACAAAUCUACCAGGGCGAAAUAUCAAAAGGUAUAUAUGCAAAUAUGCUUGACAUUUAACGUAAGUAAAGAGACUUUCCAACGUGGAAAGUCUCUUUACUUUUAUGAAGAAUAUAUGUGCUUUAUAAACAAUCUUUUUAGAUUUCCAAAGUACAGACCAGCUGUUUGAUGAGAAGCUUUUCCGAAGUUCAGAGUAUCAACGUACGUUUAAGAACCUGCAGAGAUUAGA